AUGCCAGCUUUUACUGCCCAGACCCUUAUUUCCAGGUGUUUGCUGAGUGACCACUUUGCCCUGGAGACGACCAUCCCGAUCCAGCCUGCCCCUGCUGUGUCCCGGAAGCGGUUGGCUGUCCCUGCUGCCCGGAUGCCGCGCCUUGUUGCCGAAGUCGGGGCGUGGUACCAUACUGUGAAGGGAUCCUUUACCGACGCCGCCUCGCUGUACCACGGCCUGCUGGACACCGUCGAGAGUUUUGUUGCAGCUGGCAGGGCCCCUCCAAGGCCCGCCAAGCGCCGCCUGCAGACCUACGCCUCGGACCCGGCUGUCUCCAACUGUCAGCGGACCCUUGCCUCGUACCAGCGGCGCUGGCAGCAGGACCCCGCCGAUCGGGCUGCCCGCGAUGCCAUGGUCGCUGUGGCGCACCACCUCACUGAACUCAGACAGGAGGCCCGCUCACGACACUGGGUCGCCUUCCUUGCCAGCGUGCGCAAGACCCGCUCCCUGCGGGAGGUUUGGCACCAUGUCAACAGGGUGAGAGGGAGGACCAAACGGCUGGUGAGUGACCCUGACCCUGCGGGCCGGGCCCAGGACCUGAUGCACCAGUGGCAGAGGGCCUCCUCCCUUGGUGGUCUCCCUACACAACACCAGGCCGAACUUGCCCGCCACAGGGAGCGGCGGAUGGCCCUCGUUCAGCACCACGUCACACUUCUGGAUGACACAUGUGUCCCCAUUACCCACGAUGAACUCCUUCUUGCUGUCAAACAUGGCAAGUCGACAGCCCCGGGCCACGACGGGUUGACUUACGACAUUCUUAAUGCCUUACUCGUUGUGCAAGGUGACAACCCCCUGCUUGACCUGUUCAACAUGUCGUUUGCCGCAGGUUGCCUCCCCCUUCCGUGGAAAGCUGCCUUGAUCGUUCCCAUCCCCAAGGGUGAUGGCACCUUUCGCCCUAUCUCCCUGACGAGCUGUGUGUGUAAACUGUUAGAGCGGGUGAUCUUGAACAGACUUCUCUAUAAGCUGGGGGACCGGCUCUCCCCAAACUUACAUGGGUUUAUGAAGGGCCGUUCCACAAGUGACUGUUUUCUUAAGUGCCUUAGUAAUCCCGACGUGAAUUGUCGCGCUUUUGUGGACUUAAAAGGGGGCUUUGAUAGGGCCAACAAGGAUGUCAUAAUGGAGGAACUCACUCUGAAGGGUGUCCGUGGAAGACUCUUAAGCUGGAUCAGGGACUAUUUGUAUGGUAGGAGGGCACAAGUGGUCUUCCAGGGUGCUACCUCCACGGAGGAAGUGUUUGAGCUGGGCACACCACAAGGGGGUGUCCUCAGCCCCAUGCUUUUCAACAUUUUAAUGGACAAAAUUGCUCGGUGA